UAGGAUAGGAUUAGAUACCCAGCUCAGCAGACAGUAUCACACAGGAUAGGAUAUUAGAUACACAGCUCAGCAGACAGUAUUACACAACUGCCAUGCACAUGGUAACAUGUCCCCUAUCCAGUGGCGUACCAAGGGAGGGGCGUCCCGCCCUGGGUGUCACUCACAAGGGGGGUGCCAUGACGGAGUCACCCCUCCAUCCACUGCUGCACCGCGACGCGACUCCGCUAGGCGCCGGCUUCUGUGGAAGGAUUAUUGCGGCGGAGCGCAACAUGACGUCACGACGCUGACGCAGCGCCGCCUUCACCGAAGUGGAAGGAUCCAUUACCAGCGGUCGGACGGAGCCUGAGGCAUCAUCAAAAUAAACUCGUCUUUACCAUGUCUUUUGUACAAGAGUUUCUACGACAGGCCCUUUUCCUGGAUGACCACCCUGAACUGGCAACUCAAAAAACUAGCGGAGGUCUUAAAGGGGCUCCAACGUAUGACGCUGCUGCUGAUGCUUCUGCCUUAGACAGGGCCAUCAAAACUAAAGGUGUCGAAGCAAUAAUAACUAGUAUUUUGACAAAAAGAAAUAAUGCUCAGCGCCAGGCCAUUAAGACGGCAUACCAGAGCUCCACUGGAAAGUCUCUGGAGGACGCUUUGAAGAGUGCCCUCUCUGGUAACUAUGAGAUGACUGUACUGGCUCUACUGAAAACCCCAGCAGAAUAUGAUGCUCAGCAACUUAAAAAUGCCGCCAAGGGGCUGGGAACUAAUGAGGACAUUCUUAUUGAAAUCUUAGCAUCAAGAACAAACAAGGAGCUCAGAGAUAUAAACAGGGUUUACAAAGAACUAUACAAGAAUGAUCUGUCAAAGGAUAUAACCUCAGAUACCACUGGAGAUUUCCAGAAAGCAUUGCUUGCACUUGCAAAGGGGGACCGCAGUGAAGAUGCUCGUGUAAAUGAUGAACUUGUGGAUAAUGAUGCCAGGGCCUUGUAUGAAGCAGGUGAAAAAAGAGAAAGACCAGAUGUUCCAGUGCUCAUCAACAUCCUCACGACACGCAGUUUUCCCCAGCUGCAGAGAGUGUUUCAAAGAUACAGGAGCUACAGUAAGCAUGACGUGAACAAGGCAUUGGAUCUGGAGUUGAAAGGAGACAUUGAAAACUGUCUUACGGCCAUUGUGAAAUGUGCCGCCAGCAGAGCUGCUUUCUUUGCUGAAAAACUCUACUUGUCAAUGAAGGGCUCUGGAACUCUGGACAAAGAUUUAAUUCGAAUCAUGGUUUCCCGUUCAGAAAUAGACAUGAAUGAAAUCAAGGCUAGUUACAAGGCAAUGUAUGGAAAAACAUUGCCUCAGGCAAUUUUGGAUGAGACCAAAGGAGAUUAUGAGACCAUCUUGGUGGCUCUGAGUGGAGAUCAUUAAACAAGAUCUGAUCACAAUCUUGAAGAUAAUUGCUUAAGCCAUGGCAGACAACUAUAAGCAGCAUCAAUAUCUCAAUGCAAUAUGACAUUCUACUGCAAAUGUUUUGCUUAUCGCGUUUUAUAACAUGGUUUUAUUAUACAUGCUACCUUCAAAUCAUGUUACUCUUUGUCAAUUUCCAUUUUCAAAUAUUUGUGAACAUAUAUACACAUUAAAGUUCAUAUAAAAAAGUGA